AUGCUCGCUACCCAACGAGUCGAAGAGCCGGCAUUGCCCGCCGUGCCCUCGUACCCGUGCCCCUCGCCCUGGACGGCAGAGGUCGACCAGAUCCGACAACGCUUCCUGUACGAGCUCGACCACCCAGAAGACGGCUGGGUCGACCUCGGCGAGCGCGAUGGCGUCCAACUUUGGAAGAAGUGGCACGACAACGAUGAGAAUCCGGUCCCGUGGGUGCGAGGCGAGACGUUCGUCGACGACGUGACGCCCGACGCCUUUCUCGCCGGCGUCGUCCAGAUCCCGGGCAUGCGCAAGCUGUGGGACCCGCGCACCGAGGCCGGCUUCAUGCUGCAGCGCUUCAACCGCACCGAGGUCCUGUUCUACGCCGUCGCCAAGGGCAAACGGUUCAUCGCCUCGCCGCGCGACAUUGUCGGCGUCCAGCGCGACUUUGUCGAGGAGGACGGCAGCGCCCUCAUCCUCCAGACGAGCGUCGAGACGGACCGCGUCCCGAAGCAGUCGGGCCUCAAGCGCGCGACGCUCAAUCUGAGCGGGUGGCACUUCCGGCCCGAGGGCAGCGGCAUCCGCAUCACCUACAUCCUCUCGAUCUCGCUCGGCGGCAUGAUCCCGAGCGCCGUCGUUUCGAUGGCGACCACCGAGAGCCCGAUGUGCACCGGCCGAGCGCGCGACGCCUACUACAAGUACGGUCACGCCCCGUACGUCCACCACGACCCGAAGCACGAGCCGACGACCAUCUUCCAGAACGAGGCGCUCGACACCGACAAGCGCGUGUACCGGUGCGGCGUCACGACGGGCUCGUGCGUCGGCGAGGUGUUCGAGAUCCGGUACGACACGAAGCGCAUGCACCAGGGCGGCGUCGAGGCCGCCGUCGAGGGAGCAGGGCUCGAGUUGAGCGACGACGGCAAGGGCACGGUCAGGGUGCAGGUGACGGCGGCGGGCGAGAACGCGACGGUCGUCCUCUCGCCGAGGUAGUCUCGCGAGCCCUCUCUCUCCCUUUCCUUUUUGCGUUCCCCUGUACCCGUUGUACGACCAUCUCUCGCACCCGCAUCUAUGGCUGUAGUUCUAGUUGUUCAUGAUCUCUCUGCAUUGCCUCAGUCUCUCGCGGU